GAGGAGGUACCGAGCAGAUGCCUACUGACCACGGGCAGGCUUUGGCGGGCGUCUGCAGACACCAACCGGGACUCAGGCAGCGGCAGCAGGGACAGGGAGCUCCAGAGCCGCCGGGCGUGGGACACAUCCUCCGGGGAGCUGCCCUCAAACACGAUGGACGGAGAAGCUGAAUAUGAGCAAAUAAAAGCUCUUCAUGGAGAUCUGCCAACUGUUGAAAGAAGGCGGGUCGUGGCCCCACCCCAGGUGUCGCGCCGCGUUUUAAAUAGAGAGGAGGAGGAAGAGCGACAUCAUCAUCACAGGCAGCACUUCUUUCACCUGACAUGAUAUCCUCAUUUCUCUGGAGUUCAGCCAGCAUCCUGCACUGAGGACUGAAGCACUGAGCACAGGCCAGAGGUCAAACAGCCAGAGGUCACAUCAACCCAAACCACUGACGCCAACCUCAACAUCUGUUCCGCCACCUCUGAAUCGCCCACAAACGCCUCCGUUUCUGCUGCUGACGCCCCUUUCCGAAGCUCCGCCCCCACCAACCUUUCCAACAUGGCCGACCUCCCUACCGAUGACAGCAAAUUCCUCUUCCUUGAAAACGACUUCCGUAACAGUGGGGUGGCCCAGGCCGACUGGAUGGCCAAGAAGAUGGUGUGGGUCCCAUCAGAGAGGGAGGGGUUCGAGCCUGCUAGCAUCAAGGAGGACAAAGGAGAACAGGUUCUGGUGGAGCUCUCCAACGGGCAGAAGGUGACGCUGAACAAAGAUGAUAUCCAGAAGAUGAAUCCACCCAAGUUCAGCAAGGUGGAGGACAUGGCCGCUCUGACUUUCCUCAACGAAGCGUCCGUCCUGCACAACCUGAGAGAGAGAUACUUCUCCAGCCUGAUCUAUACGUACUCAGGUCUGUUCUGUGUGGUGGUGAAUCCCUACAAGAUGCUGCCAAUAUACUCUGAGAAGAUCAUCGAGAUGUACAAGGGCAAGAAACGCCAUGAGGUGCCGCCGCAUAUCUACUCCAUCACCGAUAACGCCUACAGGAACAUGCUGCAAGACCGUGAGGAUCAAUCUAUUCUCUGCACUGGGGAAUCUGGAGCCGGGAAGACAGAAAACACCAAGAAGGUGAUUCAGUACCUGGCCGUCGUCGCCUCGUCUCAUAAAGGCAAGAAAGACAUCAACCCUGACUCGGUCGCUGCAGCUGUGGCCAAGCAGCAGUCAGGAUCUUUGGCCUAUGGGGAGCUGGAGAAGCAGCUGCUGCAGGCCAACCCCAUCCUGGAGGCCUUUGGCAACGCCAAGACCAUCAAGAACGACAACUCCUCCAGAUUUGGGAAAUUCAUCAAGCUGAACUUUGACGUGACCGGCUUCCUCGUUGGAGCCAACAUUGACACCUAUCUGCUUGAGAAGUCGCGCUGCAUCCGUCAGGCCCAAACUGAGAGAGCUUUCCACAUCUUCUACUACAUGGUGGCUGGAGCUAAAGACAAGAUGAGGGAGGAGCUUCUGUUGGAGGACUUCAACAGCUACCGCUUCCUGAGAGCGGGUCACGUGGAGAUUCCAGGUCAGGAGGACGACCAGCUGUUUGACGAGACUCUGGAAGCCAUGGAGAUCAUGGGCUUCACUGAGGAGGAGAGAUUAGGGAUGUUGAAGGUGGUUUCCACUGUUCUCCAGUUGGGGAACAUCAAGUUAGAGAAGGAGAGGAACAGCGAGCAGGCCACCAUGCCCGACAACACCGCGGCUCAGAAGGUCUGCCACCUGCAGGGCAUCAGCGUGACCGACUUCACCCGCGCCAUCCUCACACCCAGGAUCAAGGUGGGGCGGGAGGUGGUGCAGAAGGCCCAGACCAAACAGCAGGCUGACUUUGCAGUGGAGGCUCUGGCGAAGGCCAUGUAUGAACGCCUGUUCCGCUGGAUCCUCGCCAGGGUCAACAAGACGCUGGACAAGAGCAAAAGACAGUCGUCGUCCUUCCUGGGGAUCCUGGACAUCGCUGGCUUUGAGAUCUUCGAGGACAACUCGUUUGAGCAGCUCUGCAUCAACUACACCAACGAGCGGCUGCAGCAGCUCUUCAACCACACCAUGUUCAUCAUGGAGCAGGAGGAGUACAAGAGAGAGGGCAUAGAGUGGAACUUCAUCGACUUCGGCCUGGACCUGCAGCCCUGCAUCGAGCUCAUCGAGAGGCCGAACAAUCCUCCAGGCAUCCUGGCGCUGCUGGACGAGGAGUGCUGGUUCCCGAAGGCCACCGACCAGUCGUUUGUGGACAAGCUGAUGAACACCCACACAGGCCACGUCAAGUUCUCCAAACCCAAACAGCACAAGGACAAGCUGAUGUUCACCGUGCUGCACUACGCUGGGAAGGUGGAUUAUAACGCCGCCAGCUGGCUGACUAAGAACAUGGAUCCUCUGAACGACAACGUGACGGCGCUGCUCAACAACUCCUCCAGCAACUUCAUCCAGGACCUGUGGAAAGACGUGGAUCGAGUGGUGGGCCUGGAUACCCUCACCAAGAUGUCGGAGAGUUCGGUGCCCACCAAGUCCAAGAAGGGGAUGUUUCGCACGGUGGGUCAGCUCUACAAGGAGUCGCUGGGCAAACUGAUGACCACGCUGCACAACACGCAGCCCAACUUCGUCCGCUGCAUCAUCCCCAACCACGAGAAAAGGGCGGGGAAGAUGGACGCCCACCUGGUGCUGGAGCAGCUCAGGUGUAACGGGGUCCUGGAAGGCAUUCGGAUCUGCAGGCAGGGGUUUCCGAACCGCAUCGUUUUCCAGGAGUUUAGACAGAGGUAUGAGAUUCUUGCCGCCAACGCCAUCCCUAAAGGCUUCAUGGAUGGAAAGCAGGCGUGCUGUCUGAUGGUGAAGCAUUUGGAUCUGGACCCAAACCUGUACCGAAUCGGUCAGAGUAAGAUGUUCUUCAGGACCGGAGUUCUGGCUCAGCUGGAGGAGGAACGGGACCUCAAACUGACCGUCGUCAUCAUCGCCUUCCAGGCACGAGCACGAGGCUUUUUGGGACGCAAAGCGUUUAGUAAACGCCAGCAGCAGCUGACUGCCAUGAAGGUCCUCCAGAGGAACUGUGCCUGUUACCUCAAACUGAAGAACUGGCAGUGGUGGAGGCUCUUCACCAAGGUGAAGCCUCUGCUGCAGGUGACCAGGCAGGAGGAGGAAAUGGGUCAAAAGGAGGAAGAGCUGAAGGCGGUGAGAGAGGUUGCGGCUAAGACUGAAGCUGAACUGAAGGAAAUCAGCCAGAAACACACACAGCUGGCCGAGGAGCGGGCGCAGCUGGAGCUGAAGCUUCAGGCCGAGGCCGAGCUGUACGCCGAGGCCGAGGAGAUGAGGGUACGCCUGGAGGCCAAGAAGCAGGAGCUGGAGGAGGUGCUGCACGAGAUGGAGGCGCGUCUGGAGGAGGAGGAGGAGCGCAGCAUCUCCCUGCAGCAGGAGAAGAAGGACAUGGAGCAGCAGCUACAGCUGAUGGAGGCCCACAUCUCGCUGGAGGAGGACGCUCGGCAGAAGCUCCAGCUGGAGAAAACGGCUGUGGAGGGGAAGGUGAAGAAAAUGGAGGAGGACAUGAUGCUGAUGGAGGAUCAGAACAACAAGCUGCAGAAGGAGCGGAAGCUUCUGGAGGAGCGUUUGGCUGAUAUGAGCUCCAACCUGGCUGAAGAGGAGGAGAAGUCAAAGAAUCUGGGCAAACUGAAGGCCAAGUAUGAGUCGAUGAUCUCCGACCUGGAAGUUCGCAUGAAGAAGGAGGAGAAGUCUCGUCAGGACGUGGAAAAGGCAAAGAAGAAGGUCGAUGCAGAGCUGGCCGACCUACAGGAGCAAUACGCCGACCUGCAGGCCCAGCUAGCCGAGCUGCGAGCCCAAUUAGCCGCCAAAGAAGAAGAGCUGCAGGCUACACAGACCCGUUUGGAAGAGGAGAGCACUCAGCGUGCAACGGCGGUCAAGAAGAUUCGCGAGUUGGAAUCGCUGCUUUCGGAAGUACAGGAGGACCUGGAGGCGGAGAGGACGGCGCGGGGGAAGGCUGAGGCGGCCCGACGGGACCUUGGCGAGGAGCUAAACGCGCUGCGCUCUGAGCUGGAGGACAGUUUAGAUACCACCGCUGCUCAGCAGGAGCUACGAGCCAAACGAGAGCAGGAGGUAGCCAUGCUAAAGAAAGCCAUGGAAGAUGAGGGGCGGAGCCACGAAGCCCAGAUCCAGGAGCUCCGAGGGAAACACAGCCAGGCUGUUGAGGAGCUGGCGGAGCAGCUGGAGCAGGCCAAAAAGGUGAGAGCCAGUCUGGAGAAAGCUAAACAAGCCCUGGAGAAGGAAAGUGCAGACCUAAGCGCUGAGCUCAGAUCCCUCGCCAGCUCCAAACAAGAUGUAGAGCACAAGAAGAAGAAGGUGGAAGCUCAGCUGACUGACCUAAACUCCAGAUUUAACGAAAGCGAACGGCAGAGAAAUGAGCUCGGAGAGCGAGUGACAAAGUUAAACAUGGAGCUAGAGAGCGUGACUGGCCUGCUGAACGACGCGGAGGGGAAGAACAUCAAGCUGAGUAAAGACGUCUCCAGUCUGUCCUCUCAGCUCCAGGACGCACAGGAGCUGCUAUCGGAGGAGACGCGUCAGAAGCUGAACGUGUCGGGGCGUCUGCGUCAGAUGGAGGAGGACAGGAACAGCCUGACGGAGCAGCUAGAGGAAGAGACGGAGGCCAAACGCGUCGUAGAACGGCAGCUUUCCAGCCUCAACAUGCAGUUGUCCGACCACAAGAAGAAGCUGGACGAGAUGUCGUCCACGGUGGAGAUGCUGGAGGAGGGGAAGAAACGGCUGCAGCGCGACCUGGACGCCGCCAACAGCGAGUACGAGGAGAAGGCCGCGGCCUACGACAAGCUGGAGAAGAGCCGCAGUCGGCUGCAGCAGGAGCUGGAGGACGUCCUCAUGGACCUGGACAGCCAGCGGCAGCUGGUCUCCAACCUGGAGAAGAAGCAGAGGAAGUUUGAUCAGAUGCUGGCUGAGGAGCGCGCCGUGUCGGCCAAGUUCGCAGAGGAGCGGGACCGAGCUGAGGCGGAUGUCAGGGAGAAGGAGACCAGGGUGUUAGCUCUGAGCCGGGCGCUGGAGGAGAAGCAGGCGGUGCUGGAGGAGGCCGAGAAGGCCAUGAAGACGCUCCGAGCUGAGAUGGAGGAUCUCAUCAGCUCCAAAGACGACGUGGGGAAGAGCGUUCACGACCUGGAGAAGGCAAAGCGCGGCCUGGAGGCCUUCGUGGAGGAGAUGAGGACGCAGAUCGAGGAGCUGGAGGACGAGCUGCAGGUGGCGGAGGACGCCAAGCUGCGUCUGGAGGUCAACAGCCAGGCGCUGAGAGCGCAGCAUGAGCGGGAGCUGCAGGCCCGCGAGGAGAUGGGCGAGGAGAAGAGGAAGCAGCUCCUCAGACAGGUGCGAGAUCUGGAGGCGGAGCUUGAGGAGGAGAGGAAGCAGCGAGGUCAGGCGUCCGGCGCUAAGAGGAAGCUGGAGGGGGAGCUGAAAGACAUGGAGGACCAGCUGGAAGCCACCAGCAGGGGGCGUGAGGAGACGCUGAAGCAGCUCCGCAAAGUCCAGGGGCAGAUGAAGGACCUCCAGAGGGAGCUGGACGACUCCCGUGCCGCUCAGAAGGAGGUGCUCUCCUCCGCCAGGGAGUCGGAGCGCAGAUCCAAGAUGAUGGAGGCGGAGAUCCUCCAGCUGCAUGAGCUGUUGGCAGCUGCUGAGAGAGGUCGGAAGCAGGCGGAGACGACGAGAGACGAGCUGUCCGAGGAACUGGCGUCCAACUCCUCUGGAAGGUGGAUCCAGUCCGAUGAAAAGCGCCGUCUAGAGACGAAGAUCUGUCAGCUGGAGGAGGAGCUGGAGGAGGAGCAGGCCAGCGUGGAGACGUUCAACGAGCGGCUGAGGAAGAGCCAGCAGCUCGUGGAGCAGUUGGGGGCGGAGCUUGCGGCUGAGAGGUCUUCCUCUCAGAGCAGGGAGGCGUCCAGGCAGCAGCUGGAGAGACAGAACCGGGAGCUGAAGGUCAAAGUGCAGGAGGUGGAGAGCCAGAGCCGCUCCAAGCUCAAGUCCUGCGUCGCCGCUUUGGAGGCCAAGCUGAGGGAGGCCGAGGAGCAGCUGGAGGCGGAGAGCAGAGAGCGGCAGGCCAACGGCAAGAACCUGCGGCAGAAAGAGAAGAAGCUGAAGGAUCUGAGCAUCCAGAUGGAGGACGAGAGGAAGCAGGCGCAGCAGUUCAAGGAGCAGAUGGAGAAGAGCAACGUCCGAGUGAAGCAGCUGAAGCAUCAGCUGGAGGAGAUGGAGGAGGAGGCGCAGCGCGUGGCGGCGGCCCGCAGGAAGCUGCAGCGGGAGCUGGACGAGGCCACGGAGACCAACGACGCCCUCAGCAGGGAGGUGUCGUCCCUCAGGAGCAAACUGAGGCGUGGCGGUGGAGAUCCGGCGUUCGGCGUCACUCGGAACAGCGUUGGGUUCAGGAGCCCGGCUCUGGGACCCGGGGUCAGCCGGAGGGUCAAGGAGAACUCUUUGGAUCUGCAGGAAGAGGAGCCCCCCUCCCCCUCUCCUCCCACUGCCUCCCCUCAGCUGGACCAGCAGGGGGCGGGGCUCCCUGACGAGUGACACGCUUUAUUUAUGUUGGGAUGCAGAAACCUUCCUACACUGAAUGUUGAUUCCUUCUAAAGAUUAAACAUAUUUGAAAUAGAUCACAGCAUUACAUUUUAAGUUAUUUAAAUUAUAUAUAUUAAUUAAAAAAUAAAAGUUAUUGGUUAAUAAAGUAUUUAAACAAUAUUUCUGAAUAAAUUAUGUAAAAUCUGAUUGUUUCCAAUAAAUAAAGAGUACUGCUGGA